AAGCGUCGGCCAGGGCGCACGGGAGGGCGGGGCCUGGGUGCGCAAGGCGCGCGGACUGGCUUCCUUCAGGGGCUGGAGGCGGUCACUUGUGCUAGGUUGGGGUCCGGAGGUGAGCGAGGGGCCAUGCGGACGGCGAGGGAGUCCAAAGCCCGCAGCCUCACACUCCUCCCUCAAACGGCGGUGACUCGGGGGCCGGUGGAGUAACCGCUGCUUUUGUUCGGAGCGCCCGUCCCUCCUGUCACCUCAGCUCCUCACGCUGCCGCGCUCCGGCUGGCCCGCCCUUGGUCCCCGAAGCCUCAUUCGGCUGGUGCCGCGCGGAUGCGGCUGCCGGGCCUGAGUGUGGGCUUUGAGCGGGAGGAGGAGGAGCAGCGGCGCCUGGGCGGCAUGCGAUGGGGAACUGCUGCUGGACGCAGUGCUUCGGGCUCCUCCGCAAGGAAGCGGGGCGGCUGCAACGUGUAGGAGGCGGUGGAGGAUCCAAGUAUUUUAGAACAUGCUCAAGAGGUGAGCACCUAACUAUAGAGUUUGAGAAUCUAGUAGAAAGUGAUGAAGGGGAAAGCCCAGGAAGCAGUCAUAGGGCUGUUACUGAGGAAGAAAUCAUCAACCUAAGAGAGAGGCAUUAUGAUUCUAUUGCUGAAAAACAGAAAGAUCUUGAUAUGAAAAUUCAAAAAGAGUUAGCCUUACAAGAAGAGAAGUUAAGACUAGAAGAAGAAGCUUUAUACGCUGCACAGCGUGAAGCAGCCAGGGCAGCAAAGCAGCGAAAGCUCUUGGAGCAAGAAAGGCAGAGAGCUGUGCAGCGACACCAUCCUUCAAACAGUGGAGAAUAUCAGAGUUCAGGACCAGAAGACGACUUUGAAUCCUGUUUGAGAAAUAUUAAGUCACAGUACGAAGUUUUUCGAAGUAGUAGACUCUCGUCAGAUGCCACAGUUUUGACACCAAAUACAGAAAGCAGUUGUGAUCUAAUGACCAAAACUAAAUCAACAAGUGGAAAUGAUGACAGCACAUCCCUGGAUCUAGAGUGGGAAGAUGAAGAAGGAAUGAAUCGCAUGCUUCCAAUGAGAGAACGUUCCAAAACAGAGGAAGACAUUCUCCGAGCAGCACUUAAGUAUAGCAGCAAGAAGACUGGAAGUAAUCCUACAUCAGCCUCUGAUGAUUCCAACGGUCUAGAGUGGGAAAAUGAUUUUGUUAGUGCUGAAAUGGAUGAUAAUGGCAAUUCCGAGUAUUCUGGAUUUGUAAAUCCUGUAUUAGAACUGUCUGAUUCUGGCAUAAAGCAAUCUGAUGCAGAUCAACAGAAACGAUAGGGUAAAACUGUAUGACUCUGUUUAUCAGUUGUGACCAAAUGUUAAAAACCAGCUAGAAUGUAUAAAUGGUUGUGCUGAGCCUUUUUCUAAGAGGGAGAUAAGAAACCAUGUUGUAAAUGCUUAUUAGAAAGGAAUGGAACUGAUAGGCUAUAUCCGAGUUGCUUCAGAAUUAAGUGCAAUUUCAUCAUCUGCCUUCUGCUUUUCAAAAACAAUGUAAUGGUUCUGUCAUGUUAUCAGUUAAAUUUAUUUUAACUCUUCUUUAUAGCAUUCCUGUUUACUAUUUAGAUUUUCACUUUUAAAAGUAGUUUUAUUAGUUUUACUUUGAAUGCUUUCUUAAGCCUAUUUCAGUAGUUAACUGUGAAAAUAUUAAGGCGUUUUGUGUUAAUUCUCAGCAGAUGUGAAGGGAGCAUGAAGAGGGACUGCCAGAUCAGAUUUAUAAUACUCUUCCCUUUUCCACCUUUUCCAGCAUUAUUUAUUCAUAUGACUUACUUAAAUUUUAUUAUCUAAUAGUAAGCACAAUUGAGUAGAUGACCCUAAAGAAAUGCUGAAAUACCAGUUUUUUUCCUACACUUAUUGCAUAUCCUAGUAUAAUAAUGUUGAUUCAGUCUGAACAAAGGAUAUGAUAUGUUAGAAUAGGGUUUCGGAGUUCAGACACUUGAAGCUGGUAAUCUAAAGUAGUAUUUAAGAAAAUGUAUGUAUUUAGGUUUUUCACUUCCUUUUAACAUGCUGCCAUUAUAAAUGAAUAUUGACUUUAAGUUAACUGAUGUAUUAAAUUUCUAGGUGUCAUUUUUUAAAAUUCUGUAUUUCCAAUGAAAGGAAAACCUAAAAAGGCAAUACGGGUAUUUCAAAAUAAAAUCCUUUCUGGUGUGAAAGGAUUCAUUGAUUUUAUUAAGGUUUUCUUUGCCUUGUAAUACAAGGUGCUUUAAUGGGAUGGAACUACGCAUAUCAGCAUAAAUAACUGCAUUUGUGAUAUACAAUGAACUCUUCUUUUCCCUAAAGUUUAUGUCUCACGUUGAAAGGCCAAGGCUAUAGAGCACUCCCUAAUUGCUUGUCUUGAUUUUGCUGAGGAUUGAAUAUGAUUUUAGUAAGCAAACUGUUUUCUGAUCUUUCCUUGGUGUUUUUUUUUUCUUUUUUUCUUGCAGCAAUGACAGUGCAUGUUCUCAAAAAUAUAGGAAGGUCCAGAUAUAAAUAGUAACUUAAAGUUCUUGCUGUACUUAAAAAAAAAAAAAAAUCAUGUGGCCCUUUCAAUAUUUGAACUGCUAGGCAAUGACAUCUAUAGUUUCAUCUUUUUUUAUCCCAUAGAAAUAAACAUGACACUUUAAAUAUGUAAAUAUAUUAGGUAAUGCUAUUAUUUAUGACUGUCUUAACAUAAUUUAAGUUGUAGCUUUGUCACUGGAAAUAUUUUAAAGGUAAUCUAUAUUCACAUUGCCUGUGUUAUGCUUUUUAAAGUUUGUAUACAUCAGAUGUAUAUUUUUGGUUUGGCAUAAGCUACUAUUGUAAUUUUUCUUGGCAUUUUGUUCAUAAAAAAAUUUUUGAAGGAAUGGUAACUUCUCAAGGAUUGUGAAUAAACACAUUUUUACAUUUAAAAAUAAUAAAUUAUUUGAUCAUUACUA